ACCCUCACCCUACUUUUCCGAGCUUACGCGGACGUCGACUGUGACGCACAACCACAAAGCUGAACCUCCUCAACACCAUCCCUGGAAAGAGCAGAAACCAUGCAGAGCAAUGCAGUCCAAAGGGCAAAAGCCAAAGGAUCCCCUGCUCCUGAGGAACCAUUGCCAAGGUUUACUGCCCAGGUACCGAAGAGGAAACGGAGGAAGCGCACAAGUAGGCGACAAAAUUGGUUGCUUCAACUUUUCGUUGGAUCGACCGUCAAGGGUGUAAAGGCUGACGAGAACAAGCCGUCUCUGCGGCACUUUCGAGUGUCUUUAUGGGAUCGAUCCAAUGAUUCCCGUGGGCUUUUAAUCAUUGUUGCUACAGUGUUUUUCCUAUUCACUUUUCUGUGGAUUCACCACUCCCAGCGACGGUAUUAUUUCUCACCGUCAAGCGAAGAGGACCGAUGUUGGUUGCAGGAGGCAUUUCAACGGGGAGAGUUUCUUGUGGGAUCACACCGAUCCCUUGGAGACUCCAAGUUUUCACAACAACCAACUUGUAUUGAAGGAUUGAAACAGUUGCAUGCACACAAAAUUCAUUACUUGGAUUUGGAUCUGAUUUAUGAUCCGCAAACAAGGCAACUUGUGGUUGCACACCCGAUGGAAUUUCAAGGUACUACUGAUUUCUACAGUCCGUGUGCCAAACUACCGCUGGGGAACGUCUUGACACUAUUAGAAGAGGCCAUGCCAGCGGAGUGGUUUGUAUCCUUGGAACCCAAGGCAGACUGGGACCGAGGCCAUCAAAAUCCAAUUCUCCAAGAACCAAUGUUAUUGUUGCAGAAGACUCUGCAGGUUAUGCGAAAGCUCCAUGUCAAGCCCAAGCAGUGCACACUAUAUGUGGAUGUCAACAAAGUAAAGCACGAGGAAUCUGUCGUAGUGGACCAACUAGCCGAACACUGUACGCUUUCCUUUGCCAUUCGACGACAGGAGGCGUACGAUGCCCAACAAGCGGUUCGACUCCAGCACCAUGACUACAUCAUGCCAACAGUGGAGUACCACCCAUCGCAUCCCAAUUAUGCUUCGACAAUUGGUAUCAAUGCACUAAGGGUGGUCCAACAAAGCGUACCCAAGGCAAUUUAUUGGAUUGUGGAUACGCCGCAAGAUUUGGAACGAGUUGCUCUCCUGCGUGGGUAUGGAAUUGUCUCCAACCGGCCAUUGGAAAUGGCCAAACUGCUUCAGGAUACGCGAGCGUGGUGUCCGUCUCCGGCAAACUUGAAGGAAGGCAGGCCACUAGCUAGCUACCGAUAACGGAGGUAACAAACACGCGCAACCUCGCCGAAGUAUCCUACCGGUACCUUGCAACCAUAAAUCAAGGGUUCAAGUCUUGCAUCUGGCCCAAGUCCAGGACCUCCAAUUGAGAUUUCGCUCUGGCAUGCGCUUGCCCCCUGGUCCAGGACACAUGUCCCAACACCUACCACUGGCCUAUUACCUAGAUCUGCCAAAAGGCCAACGCCUAGUAGACCUCCACCCACAUCAACAAAUUGUACCUACACCAGGAGCUCUGGCUGGUCCAACGCAGGAAACUGCUCACUCCAGGACCUUCCCCUUGACUACUCCAGGUCCGACCCCAUGCCUAUCUCUGGUCCAACUCCAGACCCGAAUGCUGGUCCACCGGCAGACCAACAAGUGGGCCUGCUCUGGGCCCGACUGCAGGUCCCACUCCCAGACCAUCUCCAAGGCUCACCCGGACUGCACCUAUGGACAGGCACUCUUGGCAGCUACUGUCAUGUAGAGGAGUAGAUCUAGGUUAUCACAGUACAGAAAAAGAUUUGUAUUUGUUGACUCGGAUCUGCUGCAGCGGAAAUCCAAUCAAGAUUCAUGCUCUCUGGAAAAAACUGAAGCGGGAAGCAUUCUCUUGGCGGUGCUUAUCACAGCAUCUGUAUCUCCUUGCACGGCAACAAUCGCUCCCGCCACAGCGGUGUGAAUAACGACGCCAAGUCCCCAUCCCAACGUAGGAAAGACGAACCAGGGAGGAAUCAGCAAAGUGGUAACCAAAUUGAUGAAGAACAAGAACAAACACACCACCGCCCAGAUGGCCGCAUGAAUCAGAACGGUGCCUGCCGCCGCUUUUGACACGAUGGAUGGUUGGUCUAUUGUUAUUGACAUUAUCUUUGUAUUGUUGUGGUUCCUUCGACGCACUUUUUAAAAUAGACUAUGUGAACCAACCAGUUUCAAGUUGCUCGUAAAGCA